CAUUCUCUUAUGAACCAAAGCAUACUCAAGUUAAACCUUGUUCUGUUCUUAUUCCAUUUCCUCUCUUUCUCUUUUUCUCUGUAAUGCAAGUGUUAGAAGUUGCAGCUCAAAACUUUAACUUUGCAUUGCAUUGCACCCUCCAAUGGGUAACAGAAUCGGAAACCUCUGCCUCUGCUCCGCCGGCACCGGCGUCGGAGACAUCUCCGGCAGAUCGGAGAACAAAUGCGAUAAAGCUAAUGUAAACUCCAUCUUCUACGUCAGACCAGACCCAUGUGAGUUUUCCGGCGAUGGCGCCGCCACCAUCGUGCCAUUCCGGUCCGUUUCCGUAGCCACCGUGAGCGCAAACUCGUCAGCAGCACCGUCCACUUGCCUUGAUGACUCUGUUCAGCACAGCAUCGCUCUGGAUUCCUCUGCUUCAUUUGAGAGCUCUAAUUCUUUUACUUCUGCCGCGACGGUGCCUCUGCUGCAACGUGGCUUCGCUGUGGGUGGCUUCAGGCCAAGUCCCCGUGAUGGCGGCGCUUUGAACGGUGGUUCUGAACCUGUGGAGAAACAGAGAAGAAGCUUGAAGAAGGUUCUGAGCAGAGCAUUUUUAAGCUCACUGUCUCUUGGGAAACGGCCAAUUCUGAAGAAAAAAGAGAAUGGUAAUGCCAGAGUGAGUUGCAGUGGUCCUCUUGAUGGUGAUGAUGAUGAUGAUCUUGGUGAGUGUGAUGAUGAUCUGUUCAUGGGGUGUCAGAAUCUUCAUUGGACUCAAGGUAAAGCCGGUGAGGAUCGUGUGCACAUUGUGAUUUGUGAGUAUCAUGGAUGGGUUUUUGCGGGGAUUUAUGAUGGAUUCAAUGGCCCUGAUGCCACUGAUUACCUUCUCAAUAAUCUGUUUUCUGCUAUUCAUGAUGAGAUCAAUGUGCUGCUUUGUGGUCACAUUUCUGAAUCGGAGUUAUUAGAGGAAAACUGUCCAAUGGGAAGUGAAAAGUCAGGUUUGGAUUGUAAGAAAGAUGAUGUGUUAGAAUCACUUUCUGAGGCGUUGAAGAAGACAGAGGAUGCGUUUCUGAGAACUUGUGAUGAGAUGAUUGCUCAUAAUCCUGUGUUGGCUAUGAUGGGUUCUUGUGUUCUGGUGAUGGUGAUGAAGGGAGAAGAUGUUUACUUGAUGAACGUCGGAGACAGUCGUGCUGUGUUAGCUACUCAGUCUGGGGAUCCCAUUCAGCUCACAGAAGAGCAUAGCACUCAUGUCAAAGAGGAGGUUUACAGAAUCAGAAGGGAGCACCCAGAUGACCCUUCUGCAGUGACUAAUGGCCGAGUGAAAGGUUACUUGAAUGUCACAAGGGCUUUCGGAGCUGGAUUCCUUAAACAGCCUAAACAAAACAAUGCAGUGCUGGAGACUUUCAAAGUUAACUACAUAGGGGAAUCCCCAUACAUAACUUGUUCCCCUUCCCUCCACCACCACAGGCUCAGCCCAGAUGACAAAUUCCUAAUACUGUCUUCUGAUGGACUUUACCAAUUCUUCACCAAUGAAGAAGCCGUUGCCAAAGUAGACUCAUUCAUCACCAUGUUUCCUGAUAGAGAUCCAGCACAGCUUCUUGUUGAAGAAGCUCUAAGUCGAGCAGCCAAUAAAGCAGGAUUGGAGCUCCAUGAGCUGCUGGAUAUCCCACAAGGGGAACGGCGUCUUUACCAUGAUGACAUUUCUAUAAUUAUAAUCUCAUUUGAGGGAAAAAUAUGGCGUUCUUUGGUGUAAAAUUAUACAUGUAGAUCAUAAUGUAAUUUAACAACUAAUUACAGUGACUAACUGAAAUAAAGCUUGGGGAAAUUAUCCUCUUUUUCU